CAGUGCAUGGACCCACUGACUUCAUCUUUGUGCUCAACUGCGCCUCAACUUCAAACGGCAUCGUCCUACACAACUUAAAUAUUUAUUCAACUGGCUCAUCCUCAUCCCACUCGACACACAUAAACUAUCCAUCAGAUAAAUAUUAUACUUUCGGUGCCCUCCUCAUUCCUAAUACCCUCGACAUCCCGCCCGCCCUUUCCCAGAGGAAACGUUUCAACUCAUAACGAAUCACGCUACGACAUAACCACCCGUUGGAUUCCGUUCUACUCAAGCGGCCACUUCCUAGGUGUGUUCGGAACCUGGGGUGCAUUGAAUUGGCGCAUAUACUCCGGCCGAAUCACGUUCCGUUGAAGAUCAAUCAGCAACAUCUCCUUACCAAGCCUCACUCAGCUCUCUCUCUCUCUCUCUCUCUACUCGAACCUACUUCAACCCCCGACCAUGUUCCCCGUCAGCCUCAAGUCAUUCUCGACCGGCCUGGCAGUCGUGUUCUUAUCAACAGCCGUCCUGAGCCAAGAACGGAACCUGUCAUUUCCUACGACGACGAGCAGUCCAGCCACCAACCCCGUUCAGACAUCCCUACCCGCCGGCAACAAUAAUAAUCCAACCAACUCUUCAACCACCCCAACCACCAAUGGUGCUACCACUACCAACAACAACAACAACAGCACACAAGCCACCAAUAGUAAUAAUAGCACCAUCCAUUCAAACACCACAGCGCCUGUCAAACUCACUCCGAUUCCUGACUCUACCGGCUCUGCUGGUAGUGUGCCUUUCCCUGCCUCCACCGGUGGAAAGCCUAAUGGCCGAUACGGACCAGACGAUCAGUACAUCGCUUCUAGUGUUGUCAAAAUCAUCGCUCCAACCCUCCUGACGUUGAUCAUCAUGUCAUCUACAGUGGCCAUCUUGAGCUACGGAGCUCUCCUUUAGCACUUCCUUUCGCCCCCCACUGUAUCUUUUGAAUUAUUUAUUCUCCGCGCAUUUAUCUACUUUCUUUGAUCAUUCAUCUCUCCCCCCCCCUUCACUUUCAUUUUAUCACCCAAUUUUCUGAUUUCUUCUUCGUUGUAAUUCAAAGCAACCUUGCUUCUCCUCAUUUGCCUUGGUUACUGAUUCAUGCUCCUUAAAAGUAUUAUCUUGUACUGUUACUCUGGCUUACAUACUUAAAUAGAUGGAAUCGGAAGAUUGGUCAACUUAGUUCUUCAAAAAAAUCACCCCCCUUUUUUUAUUUUAUCGAUUUUUAAUGGACAUCACCAACUCGUUUCUUCAACUUUGCAGAUCCAAUACAAACAUCUCAAGAUAAUAUUAAUUACUUCCAAUUUCAAACAUUUAAUCUGUGCAUUAAAACCUGCCUUUUUGAUCAGAAAGAAUAUUUGCACAAGCUGAUAAAGCAAAGUGAUUAUGCAAAAAAG